UUUUCAUCAUUGAACAUUGUUUUUCAUCGCGAGAUGUUAAUAUUGUUAUAGUGAACCCAAGGCGGUUCAUCGUUUUACCGGUACUUAUUCUUAAAUUUCUCGAGUGAUCAUUUCGAGAUUUCGUUACCUUACGCGUUACGACUGUACGUUUGAAGCGGACGUCGUCAUACACCGAAAAAAUGUACCCACUACCCAGCCUGGCGAAAAUGGCGUACUACGCGUGCAACAACAUCGAACGUGACAAGUUUGACUUGCUAGACACACCGGACGUCAGUGUGCGAAAUUGUUGCGAGGCGCUGUUUGAAUUAUUCAAAGUCGACAAAAAACAAGAUGAGCACAACGAUAGGCGGACAAUGUUCAGGCGGUCUCGGUUCGCCAUCAAUGACGAUACGUUUAAACACAUAUGCGAGAAGGCAGCGUUCAACGGGCACAUCGGUUGCUUGAAACUAGCACACGAGAUUGGCGUCCCUUGGGACACCGUGCCUGGAUGGACCGGUUUCAGAGGUAAGGCGUGUGAUCUGGCGGCGGGAUCGGGCAAUCUGGAAUGUCUAAGGUACGCCUCUGUGAACGGGUGCCGCUGGGACGGGGAUACGUGCAGCAGCGCAGCGUCUAACGGUCACCUGGAGUGCCUGAAAUACGCACGGGAAAACGGGUGCCCUUGGUACAGCCGUACGUGCAGCAGCGCAGCGUCUAAUGGUCACCUGGAGUGCCUGAAAUACGCAAGGGAAAACGGGUGCCCAUUGUACGAGGACACGUGCACCAGGGCCGCAGAAAACGGUCACCUGGAGUGCCUGAAAUACGUACGGAAAAACGGGUGCGGCUGGGACGAGGCUACGUGCUACAGCGCAGCGCGUUAUGGUCACCUGGAGUGCCUGAAAUAUGCAAGGGAAAAUGGGUGCCGCUGGGACAAGUAUACGUGCAUCGACGCAGCGUUUAACGGUCACUUGGAGUGCCUGAAAUACGCAUGGGAAAACGAGUGCCCCUGGGACGAGAAUACGUGCAGCAGUGCCGCGUUGAACGGUCACCUGGAGUGCCUGAAAUACGCACGGGAAAACGGGUGCCCCUGGGACGAGAAUACGUGCAGCAGUGCCGCGUUGAACGGUCACCUGGAGUGCCUGAAAUACGCACGGGAAAACGGGUGCCCCUGGGACGAGAAUACGUGCAGCAGUGCCGCGUUGAACGGUCACCUGGAGUGCCUGAAAUACGCACGGGAAGACGGGUGCCCCUGGGACGAGAUUACGUGCAGCAGCGCAGCGUCUAAUGGUCACCUGGAGUGUCUGAAAUACGCACGGGAAGACGGGUGCCCCUGGGACGAGAUUACGUGCAGCAGCGCAGCGUCUAAUGGUCACCUGGAGUGUCUGAAAUACGCAAGGGAAAACGGGUGCCACUGGGACGAGCGUACGUGCAUUAACGCAGCGUCUAACGGUCAUCUGGAGUGCCUGAAAUACGCACGGAAAAACGGGUGCCCCUGGGACGGGGAUACGUGCAGCAGCGCAGCGUCUCACGGUCACCUGGAGCGCCUGAAAUACGCUCGGGAAAACGGGUGCCCCUGGGACGAGAUUACGUGCAGCAACGCCGCGUCAAACGGUCACCUGGAGUGCCUGAAAUACGCAAGGGAAAACGGGUGCGCCUGGGACCAGCGUACGUGCAGCAAAGCAGCGUCUAACGGUCAUCUGGAGUGCCUGAAAUACGCACGGGAAAACGGGUGCCCCUGGGACGAGGUUACGUGCAGCAACGCUGCGUUGAACGGUCACCUGGAGUGCCUGAAAUACGCAAGGGAAAACGGGUGCCCCUGGGACGGGGAUACGUGCAGCAGCGCAGCGUCUAACGGUCACCUGGAGUGCCUGAAAUACGCAAGGGAAAACGGGUGCCCCUGGGACAAGCGUACGUGCAUGAACGCAGCGUACCAUGAUCAGUUUGAAUGUCUGGUGUAUGCCUACGAGGGAGGGUGUAAGUGGGAAGUUUCAACUUUCUGUUUUAGGUCAAGGUACAGCCAAUCGAUAUGCGCUGAAUACGCCCGCGAAAUAAGGUCCCGGGAGCGCUUCGUAUCAUCGACGAUUGAAUUCAAGUAAUAAUAUCACAAAUUUUUUUUUUACCUGUCUUUUUAUUAUGAAUCUAUGUUACGAGUUCUUAUAGCGAUAUUUUUAUAUAAAGCAAAUCAUUGAUGAUCAAUAUAUUUUUAAAGUUGUAUAAUACA